AUGGCAGAUCAAGGGAACGUAGUAGCAGCAACUACAGAAGAUCCGCAACAAGCUGAAGAUGAGUCGGUCCGCACGCAGACAAUAGUCUGGCCUGCCUCGACGUUCAUCACGACAUGGACUUUGGGUACCGGCUCGGACACGACCCAGUCUCCGGGUACGGUUGUUGUCCCCGCGCAAGACGCGGGUUCGGCGAGCAGCCAAAACGUGGGCGCUAUCCUCAGCGGCGUCGUCGUGGUAUUAGUACUGAUGCUGAUUUCUUGGGUCUGUUAUCGAAGGAGUGGUCCCAACGGCCGUAGCCGAAAGCGCUCAAGUAGACGGAAUGGAUCAAGUUGCACAAGCAAAGGCAGCUCUAGCAGCUCAGGGACAUCGAACGUCUCGUCUCGAAACGAUAGUAGUAUCGGAUCGGUAGCAAGCGAGAUGGGUGAGCAAUGGGACCAACAAACACCAGUCCCCGGUCCACCGAUGCCAGGGAUGCCGCUGCCGGUCGCGGGAGGAUGGCCGCCACAACAUCCCGAGAAUGGAAUGGGACAAGGCAUGCCGCCGAAUAUGAAUAUGGGGUUCCCUCCCGGUCACGGCGGGCCUCCUCCGAUGAUGGGACAUGGGUUGCCGGGCCGUGGAGGACCUCCGCCAAUGAUGGGUGGCGGCGGAUCUCCCCCCGGUGGCAUUUCGGUGACAAACGAACUGCCAAGUCUAGGCCAUCUUAUGACUCAGGUUAUUAUCUAA